AUGUUAAAGCCUUCAGACCUUCCAUCCACCCCAAGCAGUUCAACUGUUAUACAUAAGGAUUCUCCUACUCGUCUCCAAUUCCUUUGUAACCUUGUUCCUUCCUUGCUAGUUGCUAUACUAUCAGAAAUUUCAACUUCCAAGUCAUUGAUAGUAGCGGCGGCCCUCGCUUUUCUCUCCGUCUUCUUCCUCUACCGGAGGAGACGCCGAAACUGCCCCCAAACUCACUGUUAUUUACGAGACGACCCGAACAAGCCGCAGCGCGGAUUCAAGCGAGUCUUGGCCGACAAUUCCUACUCUCCGUUCAAGCAUUUCAACCCCGCGGACGACUCUAACGUCGGCGGAGCAGAUAAGAAUUGGAAUUCGCAUCCUUAUGAGGCGGAGAUCACGGCGGUGAUGGAAAGUCCGCCGAUUGAGCUGAAAUGUGUGACGGAGAAGAAUUUGGAUUCGGAAAUGAGGGAGGAGUAUGUUUGGGUUGAGAAUGAGAUUCAGUUGAAGGAAAUGGUUGAGGUUUUGAGUAAAGAGAAGAUCUUUGGGGUUGAUACUGAGCAGCAUAGCUUAAGGUCAUUUUUGGGAUUUACUGCUUUGAUACAGAUUUCGACUGAGAAGGAAGAUUAUUUAGUGGACACUAUUGCUUUACAUGACAGUAUGAGCCUUUUGCAGCCGGUUUUCGCCGAUGCUGGUAUCUGCAAGGCGUUCCAUGGGGCAGAUAGUGAUGUUCUCUGGCUGCAAAGGGACUUUCAUAUUUAUGUUGUCAAUAUGUUUGAUACUGCAAAGGCUUGUGAAGUGUUAUCAAAACCGCAGAAAUCACUGGCUUAUUUACUUGAAUCUUACUGUGGAGUUGUCACUAACAAAUUGUUUCAGGUUAGACCUUGAAGCUGUCUUACUGUUGUGAUUUUUGCUCCUGUUUUUUAUAAUGGUCAUCUUUGAGAGAUGUUAUGAGCAUGAUCUGGGUUGAAGUCAUAUUG